AUGGUCAUAACCGAUCCUAACCUUUCAGUGGUUAUCACUGGACGAUAUCCAACAUCAAUUACGGCUAGGGGAUUUCCCAUUUACGAGGAAACUCUUAUUUCGGACGAUGACUCCUUAUCGUUAUUUCUUCGAAGUCCUGAUAUAUUUAGCAAUCAUAUCAGUAUAGCGACACUUGACAUGUAUGCAACUGUUGAACGCUCUACUAAUGUUGAAGCACCCACUGAUGAUGAGUUUGAUAUUCGGGGUACUACGUAUCUUCCCGCUAUGAAUAUUGGACUUCAAAGAGAUACAAGUGAAUUAGGUGGCGGGAGUAUAGUUCGAUAUCGCCCUACUCAAGUGGAGUCAUUUACAGAAAGAUUUGAACGCCUUGAAUUUUCCUAUGUUUGUAGGUGUAACGAUUUUGAAGAAAACCCCGUAUUAACUCAGCUCACACAAAUUGUGAGCAAUAAUGAUGUAGCUAAUGAUCACUCCGAUGAGUCAGAUAGUGAUAUCCCAUUAGAUCAUACAGAAACAGACGAUGAUCACUCAUCUAAUGAUGAUGGUCAUUCUUAUGAAGACAUUACUGCUCAAAGUGAUGGUAACGUUAGCUAUCAUUCUAAUGCGAUUCCAUAUUUGGAUAACAUUGAAGAAGGCCCGGAUGAUUUUGCCUUCAUGAGAGAUGACGGUCCAGUUCGAUCUGCACUUUGGGAUUGUAAAAAACCUGAAUUUAUCAGAUCAGGUAUGUUAUUUCAGAACAGGCAGGAAAUGAAAGGUGCAGUGAGACAAUAUUGUCUCAAAGAAAAGAAAGAGUUCAUUUGUGAUCAGUCCAAAGGUAAAUUUUGGAGGGUUAUUUGCAAGCGUCAUAUGUUGGGAUGUGAGUGGAUGAUCCGUUUUAGAGAAAUUUCAAGUGGUAUGUGGAAGGCAGGCAAAGCGGUUCUCCACCACAGUUGUCUCACGGAUGAUUACAGAAACGAUCAUUCCAAUUUGAACAGUCACCUAAUUGCUACUACGUUGAUACCAUAUAUUAUGGUCGAUCCAUACAUCUGUAUUAAGUCAGUUCAGCAAAAAAUAAAAGGAUUGCAUACGUUUACUCCUAGUUAUAGAAAAGCACAAAAGGGGCGUAAGAAAGCUAUUGAAAUGGUAUUUGGUGAUUUUGAAACCUCUUUCAAGACAUUGCCUCGAUACAUGGCUGCCUUAAAAUAUUUCAAUCCGGGAACCGUUGUUGAGUGGGAGCACCAAUCAACUACAAUACAAGGUGAACACAUCUUCAAGUUUCUUUUCUGGGCUUAUAAACUAAGUAUCGAUGGAUUCAAAAGUUGCAGGCCUGUCAUCUCAAUAGACGGUACUCAUCUGUACGGUAAGUAUGAGAUGAAACUGCUAAUUGCUGUUGGAAUUGAUGCGAACAAUAACAUUUUUCCACUUGCAUAUGCUAUUGUUGCACGUGCGAGCUUUGAGUCUUGGACGUGGUUCCUUGUGUUGUUGUGGAGACAUAUUUUUUGUGAGAGACAAGGAAUUGGACUUAUUUCUGACUGUCAUCAGGGCAUCUUGCAAUGUGUCCAAACACAUGAUUGGUUACAACCACCAUCCACACACCAUAGGUGA